AUGAACCCUGAAUACGACUACCUCUUCAAGCUUCUCCUCAUCGGUGACUCCGGUGUAGGAAAGUCUUGUCUGCUGCUCCGUUUCGCGGAUGAUACCUACACGGAGUCUUACAUUUCCACCAUCGGUGUCGAUUUCAAAAUCCGCACGAUCGAGCUCGAUGGCAAGACCGUCAAGCUGCAGAUUUGGGAUACCGCCGGCCAAGAACGCUUCCGAACCAUCACCUCUUCCUACUACCGCGGUGCUCAUGGAAUCUGCGUAGUCUACGAUGUCACCGACAUGGACUCUUUCAACAACGUUAAGCAAUGGUUGCAAGAAAUCGACCGCUACGCCACCGAGGGUGUGAACAAGCUCCUUGUCGGCAACAAGAGUGAUAUGUCCGAUAAGAAGGUGGUCGAGUACACUGUCGCAAAGGAAUUUGCCGACUCCCUCGGAAUUCCCUUCCUCGAGACUUCUGCCAAGAACGCCAGCAACGUCGAGCAGGCUUUCCUCACCAUGGCCCGCCAGAUCAAGGAGCGCAUGGGCACCACAGCCGCCAACAACACCAAGCCCAGCGUACAGGUCGGCCAGGGCCAGGGCGUCGGCAACAACUCCAACAACAGCUGCUGCUAA